AUGGGUAGAGAAGGGAUUAAAAAUUAUUAUCAGACCAAAAUUGAAGAGGCUGAAUUGAUAAUAAAUGAGAAAACACAAAAUUUAAGACUUCGACUGCUAAGGGAAGAAUUGCAACUGUUGCAAGAACCCGGAUCAUAUGUUGGAGAAGUGGUCAAACUCAUGGGCAAAAAAAAGGUUCUAGUCAAGGUGCAUCCGGAAGGAAAAUAUGUUGUUGACAUUGCUCCAGACAUUGACAUUUCUCAAAUUACACCGACUUGCCGAGUUGCCCUCCGAAAUGAUUCUUAUACAUUGCAUAAAAUUCUGCCUAAUAAAGUUGAUCCGCUCGUUUCAUUGAUGAUGGUAGAAAAAGUUCCGGAUUCGACAUAUGAGAUGGUUGGAGGAUUAGAUAAGCAGAUUAAGGAAAUCAAGGAAGUGAUCGAAUUACCUGUGAAGCAUCCUGAGUUGUUUGAAAGUUUAGGAAUUGCUCAACCAAAAGGUGUCUUGCUUUACGGCCCUCCCGGCACUGGAAAGACCCUUUUGGCACGUGCUGUAGCUCAUCAUACUGAUUGUAAGUUUAUUCGUGUUUCUGGUUCAGAGCUGGUACAAAAAUAUAUUGGUGAAGGAAGUAGAAUGGUCAGAGAACUAUUUGUUAUGGCAAGAGAACAUGCACCAUCCAUCAUCUUUAUGGAUGAGAUCGAUUCGAUUGGUUCUUCACGUAUAGAAUCCGGCUCAGGUGGUGGUGAUUCAGAAGUACAGAGAACAAUGUUAGAAUUAUUAAACCAAUUGGAUGGUUUUGAGCCUACAAAGAAUAUUAAGGUAAUCAUGGCAACAAAUCGUAUUGAUAUACUUGAUCCCGCACUAUUGCGGCCUGGUCGCAUUGAUAGAAAGAUUGAAUUUCCUCCACCAUCUGAAGCUGCCCGUGCUGAUAUUCUAAAAAUUCAUUCGCGUAAGAUGAAUUUAACUCGUGGCAUCAAUUUACGCAAGAUCGCAGAAAAAAUGACAGGAUCUAGUGGUGCGGAAGUCAAGGCUGUCUGUACUGAAGCUGGUAUGUACGCUCUUCGUGAACGUCGAGUACACGUAACUCAAGAAGAUUUUGAAAUGGCCGUUGCUAAAGUUAUGAAGAAGGGCGAAGAACAAAAUGAAAGUUUGCGCAAACUUUGGAAAUAA